GCUAAGUUAUGUCGAGGGGAGUAGUAGACAAACAUAUGCUCACGUUUUAAAUGAGAAAAACUGCUUCUUCUUACUUUCGCUUUCCCUGUCGUAACCAAGGGUUGAUACAUGUUGAGUAUCAUAUUUCACCACGGGAUUUCUCACCUCAGUUCCUGCUAAAUGGGGAGACAAGGCCAAAAUGUUUAUGAGAGAAGCUGCAUUGAAGGCGGGAAUUAAAAAAGAUCAUUUGACAUUAACUCUAGAACCUGAUGCAGCAUCUAUCUACUGCCAAUACUUUGCCAAAGAAGACACAUUAUCUCCAACAUUAGGUGUUGUGAAACCAGGCACAAAGUUCAUUCAUUGUGAUAGAUCUGGGAGAUUUAAAAGAGAGUCCAUUUUCCACAUUCUUCACUUAAGUGGUACAGCUGAUAUAACAGUGCAUCAGAAGUGUGAGGAUAACACUUUGGAGGAAGUUCUUCCAGCAAGUGGAGGGCCAUGGGGAGGAAAAGCUGUAGAUGACCGGUUCGUGAAUUUUUUAAAAGAAUUGGUUGGGGAAAAUGUUUGGGAGGAAUUUAAAAAGGUAAACAUGGAUGAUUAUCUGGAUAUCAUGAGAUGUUUUGAAUCUAACAAAAGAACAAUUGUUCCAGAGAAGAGUGGUAAUAUCCGAAUGACAAUACCACAAACUUAAGUUGAAUUGUCCACCAAGUCUCAUGGAGUCAAGAGUUUCAAAAAAGUAAUUCAGAAAAAUGAUACCCAUAGAAAUAAUGUAGAUUUUAUUACUGGAAAGCUUGCAUGGGAUAAUGACUUUUUCAGGGGUUUCUUUAAGAAAAUUAUUGACGAAAUAGAGAAACAUAUUGAUGAAAUAAUCCAGGAAUCUGAGGCAAGAGAUAUUCGAAUCUUUGUUUUUUUUUUAAUGUUCACUGGUCCAGGAUGCAAUCAAGAAACAUUUCGGCAAUGUUUCUAUCAUUGUACCUGAAGAAGCUGAAUUGGCUGUUUUGAAGGGUGCCGUCUUUUUUUUGCCAUGUGUCAGAUGCUAUCUCGCAUAGAUCAGCAAGAUAUACGUAUGGAAUUCAAACAUGACCCGAAUUUAUGGAAGGGCAUCAUCCAGAAGAGAAAAAGGUGGAAAUAGGAAAAUCAGUUCGGUGUCGAGAUGUCUUCUUCAAGAUUGUUACCAAAGGGGAAAAGGUCAUGCCAGGGUAUUUGGGGUCCCAGAUAUUUCAAGCCCUGCAUUACAUUGAAAAUCUUUUAGAUUGCGGGGUGUUUGUUUCAGAUAAAAAGGAUCCAAAGUAUGUAGAUGAUCCAAAGUGCAGACUGCUUGGGCAUCUACAGGUCCUAUUAAAUGCAGAGAAGCAGACCGUUGAAACGCUAAUUGAGGAGACGCUGAUUUUUGAGAGACUCAAUUGAAAUUUAAAGCAAAAGAUGUAUAUUCUGGUAUGCAUUGUGAGGUCAUCUUUGAUCUCUUGAAAGAUUGAUAAAAGUUAUAUAUUGUAUGUUGUGAACACACACGUGUUCGUGUACGUAGAAUAUAAUUAAGAUUUUUUUAUUCAAACAGGCAAACUUUGUACGAUUACUUAAGUUUCUGGAGUUAUUAUUUUGUACUAUCAUAAAUGACAUUAUGAAAGAGGAAUUAUAUUGCACUAUGUAUAUUUCUAGUGAUGUUCCUAUCAUCGAUUAAAAUCGAAAGCUAGUCGAUUGUUACCGCAUUCUAAGCGUUUGAUCAAAAAAGGUUUCAUUACGAUUAAUCGAUUGAGGUUUUUCUCCCUUUCAACGAGCGCAUAUCAUAAACAGAAUACUCUAAACGCGAACUUUCUAAACCCUAAAAAGGCACGCGGUCUGAAAAUUCCUGACAUGUCAGACGAGCUCCAUAUUCUCUUGAUGAAGCGACCUCUAAAUAGGUAGCUUGACGACGCGACCUUUAAAAAUAGGACGGCGUAUUCUUACUCGGGAAAUAUAGUACAUUCUCGAAUUUGGACGUAUUUUGGUUUGAAGAAAAUUGAUGUUGAUUGCCUUCUAAAGAAAAUUUUUUAAAUAUAAAAUCUUUAUGGAUAGAAAUAUUAAGUAAAUUAAAAUACGAAAGCCUAGUAAUGUGUCUGCCCAUUGUAACUAAGUCUUGAGUAUUGCAUUUAUUUAGCACAUAACUAUAAAAUAUAAAAACCUCCGAUUAUAAUCAAUAGUUGCAAGAAACCGAUUAUCGAUUCUGAAGAUCUCAACGAUUCCCAUCACUAAAUAUUACAUUUUAUAUAGUUCUAUUGUUCAUAUGUACCAACAAAAAGAAAUAUAUUUUUUAAUAAAUUAUCACAUAUAAUCAUGACAGUUUUUUGUCCACUCGCAGUGAAAUUAUCCACAUUUCUUCUCAGAUCUGCCUUUUGGCCGUUUAUUUCACCUCUCUUUACAGUUUUCAAAGAAUCAAUAAAUAAAGAGGAACAAUCAUUACAUGUAUUAAUAGAAAAUAUUAUAUUAGAAGAUUUUUAUAGCAGUUCAAAAUCCCAAAAAGAAAAUUCAGUUUUAUUGUUGAUGUAUGAAAUGAGAUACCGGCAUGCCUGUUACUGUAUGUUUUCAUUUCUGUAUUGCAAUGUUGUCAUGCUCUUGCAUUAUUUGGUGUAGAAUUAGUGAAAAUAGAAUAAAAGAAAGAAUGAAUCCGUGGGGUUUUUUCAGUGAAGUAUUUAAUCAAACUGGUCAAUAUAAAAUUGUCCAUUCAUACUAAUUUUUAUGGACUUUAUGGUGCUUUUGAUUAUUGAUUGCUGUCUGUGCUACAUGUCAUUUCUUGUACGUUCUAUGUUUUAUGUUAUUUUACCUGUGUAAAUGAGUUUUUACAUUUUAAUAUUGAUAAUAUCAUUAUCAAAAAAUCAAUUUAUCAGCCAGUUUCAUUCUUUUAGUUAUUACAUAUAGGACCACCUGUGAGACUUCAAUUAACUGUUUCAUAUUAACAUCUACCGAGUAUUUUUGCCUCUUUUUCCUAAGAAAACAGAUUGUAAUUUAGAGCACUGUCGAUACCAAAAAUGCUGAAACCUACACGAUUCAUUUCUUACCAGUUUAAUGAUCGAUCGAAACCAUUAGCAACCUAAGAAAAAUCACGGACUGCACGGAAUAAUCAUGAUGAUGUCAGACUCCUCGAAUUCCGAUAAAAGAAAUGGCCAUUGAUAGCUUGGUAAUGCAAUGUUGUCUUUCCUGCUGUGUUAUUUUUGAAGAAACAAAACGAAAGUAGAUCUAUCAGAAUCUCUAAUAUGGAGAAAGAUAGCAAAUGUACGAGGCUUGUGGUUGCUGCAAUUGACUUUGGAACAACGUUUUCCGGUUAUGCCUUCUCCUUAAAAAAUGAAUGGGGACGAGUGUUUACUAAUCAAUGGACUGGUGGAAAUCUGAUCUCUCCUAAGGCUCCUACCUGUCUCCUCUUGAAGAAGGACUUUUCUGAAUCUUUUUUUGGAUACGAGGCUGAGGACAAAUACACAGAAUUGACAUCAGACGAAAGUCACAAGGAAUACUAUUUUUUUCAAAGAUUUAAAAUGAUUCUUCAUCAAGAUGUUGAUGUUAAACGGCAUAUUCUGUGUUACGAUAUCUCAGGCGAAGCUCUGGAAGCACGUUUGGUCUUUCAACAUUGUAUCAAGUGUCUGAAGGAUUAUUUGUAUAAACAGAUAGAGAAGAGUUUAUUAGGCACUCAGGAUGGUGACAUUGAAUAUGUGUUGACAGUUCCAGCUAUAUGGGGAGACAAGGCCAAAAUGUUUAUGAGAGAAGCUGCCCUGAAGGCGGGAAUUAAAAAGGAUGACUUGACUUUAGCUCUAGAGCCAGAAGCAGCAUCUGUCUACUGCCAAUACUUAAAUUCUGUCAAAGAAGACACAUUAUCUCCAUCAUUGGGUGUUGUAAAACCAGGCACAAAGUACAUGGUGAUAGAUCUAGGAGGUGGUACAGCUGACAUAACAGUGCAUCAAAAGUGUGAGGAUAACACUUUGGAGGAAGUUCUUCCAGCAAGUGGAGGGCCAUGGGGAGGAAAAGCUGUAGAUGACCGAUUCAUGAAUUUUUUAAAAGAAUUGGUCGGGGAAAAUGUUUGGGAGGAAUUCCAAAAGGUAAACAUGGAUGAUUAUCUGGAUAUCAUGAGAUGUUUUGAAUCUAAGAAAAGAACAAUUGUUCCAGAGAAAAGUGGUAAAACCCGAAUGACAAUACCACAAACUUUAGUUAAAUUGUCCACCAGGUCUCAUGGAGUCAAGAGUUUCAAAGAAGUAAUUCAGAAAAAUGAUACCCAUAAAAAUAAUGUAGGAUAUGACACUGGAAAGCUUGUAUGGAAUAAUGACUUUUUCAGGGGUUUCUUUAAGAAAACUAUUGAUGGAAUUGUGAAACAUAUUGAUGAAAUAAUCCAGGAAUCUGAGGCAAGAGAUAUUCGAAUCUUUGUUAUGGUUGGCGGUUUUUCUGAAUGUUUACUGGUCCAGGAUGCAAUCAAGAAACAAUUCGGGGAUGUUUCUAUCAUUGUACCCGAAGAGGCUGGAUUGGCUGUUUUGAAGGGUGCUGUCUUUUUUGGCCACGUGCCAGAUGCUAUCUCGCGUAGAUCAGCAAGAUAUACAUAUGGAUUUCAGACAUGGCCCGAAUUUAGGGAAGGGUUUCAUCCAAAAGAGAAAAAGGUGGAAAUUGAAAAUUUAGUACGGUGCCGGGAUGUCUUCCUCAAGAUUGUUACCAAAGGAGAAAAGGUCAUGCCAGGAUAUAUGAGGUCCCAGAUAUUUCAAGCCCUGCAUAACAAAGAGAACAUUUUAGAAUGCGGAGUGUUUGUUUCAGAUAAAAAGGACCCAAAAUUUAUAGAUGAUCCAGAGUGCAGACUGCUUGGGCGUCUACAAAUCCCAUUAAAUGCAGAGAAGCAGACAGUUAAAACGCUUAUUGUGGAGACACUGAUUUUUGGAGAGACUGAAUUGAAAUUUAAAGCAGAACACGUACAUUCUGAAAUACAGUGUGAGGUCAUAUUUGAUCUCUUGAAAGAUUGAUAAGAGUUAUAUAUUGUUGUAUAUUGUGAGUAGAAUACAUGAACCUAGAAUAUAAUUAAGACGAUUUUCUACAAACAGGCAAAGUUUGUAAGAUUACUUAAGUUUCAGAUGUUAUCAUUUUGCACUAUCACUAUGAAAGAGGAAUCAUAUUGCACCAUGAAUAUCACAUUUUAUUUAUUUUCUUUCUUAAAUUCAGAUGUUCCAACAAAAAAACUUUUUAGAAAAGCUUUAUUACAUGGAAUCAUGGCAUUUUGUCCACUGGCAGUGAAGUUAUCCACAUUUGUAUGGCACUCCAAAUUCACAAAAUUGAGCUGAAUGUAGUUUCACAAUUGAUGAAUUAGGUUUUUCGACAGAUAACUACAGUUUACGAACCGCAUCUAUAAUUAACGAUCUGUUAAUUAAAGUUUUCAUCUGUAAAACUAUAUUUAACAGUUGUAAACUAUAGUAAACGAAUGAUAAUCUAUGUUUAUCUGUUUGUAGAUAACGUUUACAAUAGAUUUUGCUGAUAAUUAUAGAUUAACAUCUGUAUACUAUAAUUUACAUUAGUUAACUACUUUUGUUGUUAAUCAUAGUUUCACAAUUGUGAAACUAUAAUUAUCAGAUAAACUAUGUUUUGCAAUCGCAAAUGGCUGUUUUCAGUGUUUGUCAUAGUUUAACACUUCUAAAACAUAAAUGAUCGCGUUAACUAUGAUUUACAGAUGUGAAAUAUGAUUAUCGUCGUUAACUAUACCCUGUAUAUAGUUUUCUGUUGUAAACUAUAGUUUACAAUAGUAAAACCUAGUUUUACUAAUGUGAAAUUACGAUUAGCUCAUUUUGUGAAUUUGGCGUGCCAUACAUUUCAACUCUAAGCUGCCUUUACACCAUUUAUUUCACCUCUCUUAAAAGCUUUCAAAGUAUUAAUAAAGGUACAAUAACAAGGUGUAAUGCAACAACAAUAUUUUUGGACCAUUAUAAUACCAGUCCACAAACAAUAAAACAACUUUUUUUCAAGUUUUUAACAAAGCACACAAGGCUGUUAAUAAAUAAUUUUGCUGUAUGUUUUCGUUUCUGUACCGCAAGUUAUACCAAUAUGUUCUUGUCAUAUAUGACGUAGAAUUGAGGAAAAUUGAAUGAAACUGAAGAGAGAUUGAAUCCAUGUUUGUUUUUAGCUAUGUAUUUCAACAAACUGGUCAAUAGAAUAUUUUUAUGGACUUCAUGAUGAUUAUUGAUUGCUGUAUGUGCUACAUGUUAUUACCAGUAUGUUCUAUACUAUAUGUUACUUUACCUUAUAAAUGAGUUUUGUCAGUAUUUGAUAACAGCCAGUUCCAUUUUUCAGUUGUUACAUGUAGGACUAUCUGUGAGACUUCGACUGUUUUAUAUUUACAUCUACCUAGUAUUUUUGCCUCUAUUUCCCAAGAUAACCGAUUUGUAAUUCACAGCGCUGGAGAUACCCACAAGGCUAAAACCUACACCAUUCAGUUCUAAUCAGUUUACUGAUCGGUCGAAACUUUUAGCAACCUAAGAAAAUUCACGUACUGCACGGAAUAAUCAUGAUGAUGUCAGACUCAAAUUCUGAUAGAUGUUUGGCUAUUUUUUUUGUCCAACAUGUAAUGUAUUCAUGUGCAUUAACAAUAAUUUAUUUACUUUUACAUACUCUUUACGAUCAAUCUAUUAAUUAGUUUAAAGAAAGAUGUAAAUAUGAGUAUGCUUUCUUUGAUGAUUAAUGCGGAUUAAGAAGGUAGCGAUCAUCGCAGAAAAAAAUUACGCAACCCGCUAACGCGUGUUAUGUAUUUCUUCUGCAAUGUCGCCACCUUUAUAUCCCGCAUGAUCUAUUAUUUUUUAUUUGUUGAGGAUUUUAAUACAUGUAUAUGAAAUCCAAAAAAAAUCGAACCUUGCGAAUUCUAAUUAUUCCACAGUAGACUAUUGUAUAGUUUUAUCUUGAGUUCGUUCUUGGAAUAAUGUUUAUGUAAUUUUUGGCAGUGUAUAGGAUAGUAAAAUUCAUUGGAGACUGCUCGAGUGUAAAU